CCCUCCACACACCAUGGCAAGCCCCCUAAUUGCAUCAAUCGCCCCCCGAAAGAGACAAAGGCUGCGCGCUGACGCGCUUGAUCGCCUGCAGCAUGCUCCCGCCCAACAGUCACCGUCCGACAUGGCUGCCUGGCUGUCGCAGUGCGACUCGACCCCGCCUCCUGAGGGUGCAUCCCUCGCCCACGACCGCCAUCCUCAUCCUGCCCACCAGCGCAAACGCCGCCGCAUUCUGGGUGAAAUCCAGCACAAUCAGAAGACAGUCGAGAUAGAUGGCAACAACGAUCGAGAAAGGGGCGCAAGGCUAAAGGCGGCGCCUGAGGCUCGUGUUGGAGGCACCCGCCGCUCCACCCGCCUCGCUAGCCUACCUAUGCGCCCAGCAACAACACCUGCGAGCUUCACUAGUGAAGAAGUCUGGCUCAUUGAGUCCAACGCUGGUCCUGCGAUCGAGGAGCCUGUGCAGCCUCAGCGGGUUCCCCUGAAACUGCCUGGCCCCGUCCUGCCUGGCCCCGUCCUGCCUGCCCUAUCCACCAUAUCCUCCUCGACCUGGCGUAGCCGCAGCCGUUCGUCGUCGCCAUCAAAGCGUGGCCCCAUUCUCAAGCGCGAGGAUCUCCAACACCUCGACCCGCCCAUUGACGUCAUCGGCAGCAGGCGGAACGCGCAGGAGUACGGGGUCGAGCUGCCAGCAGCGGUAGCCGAGUUGUGGGAACGUUGUGAACAAUGUACCGUCACUACCCUCCCUCGCAACCCCUUCUUUGCCGCCGCCGACAAACGCGAUCAGCAGGCCAUCGAGCGCACCCUAAACAUGGCACUGGGGCAGGCAGAGGAAUGCCGGAUAUGCGCGGCGCCAGAAUGCCAGUGGAUUGCCAAGAUCAUCCAGCCGAUCCUAAAUACGCUCGAGCUGCUGGCCUUUGCAUCGCGUACCUCGCCCACCGCCAACGAUAAGAUUGGCGUCUUUGACAUCCGCACAGUUGAAAUGUCUCCCGAAUAUGUGCCCGACAGCAUGCUGCCCACCCGUUUCAAAGAUCUUGAUAAGAAAAUCGACCUCGCCAUCGGCCUGCAGCUACACCGCAAGACUAAAGCCGCUCUCCGCACCGCACAAGCGAAAACUGACGAACCCUCUAAGGCCAUUAACCAGGCCUCGACCUUCAUCCACCAAAACCCGCUGUUUCUCAGCAUCGAGGUUAAGCGCACGUAUGGCGGCACCGAUCCGAUGAUCCAGCUAGCUGCUUGGGUCGCCGCCGAGUUCAUUAAGCGCGAGAUUGAAGAAGUGGAUAUCGGGAUGCCGGCGCUGGUCGUGGAGAUUGAGGGCGAUUACUGGCGGUUGUAUGCUGUGGUUGCGACAAUAGAAGGAAGGGUAACUGGGAAUGAGCCUGUGGAAGCGGAUCUAAAUGCGAACGGCACUGAGGGGACGCUCGGGCUUAGCAUUAUUGGCCCAGUGACGCUGGGGAGCACGGAUACUUGGCUUAGCAUAUGUCGUUUAUAUGCCAACCUGUGUUGCAUCGUAGAUUGGGGCCGGACCGUGUAUCUGGAGUGGUUUGAACGCGAGGUUCUUGGCGUCUAUGAAAAGAAGGCCGCGGCGGCUGUUGGGUGA